AUGCAUUUCCGGCGCGCGAUCAUCUGCGUUCUGUCGGCCGUCAGCGUCGCGUCGCUCGUCGGUCACAAGGUCUACUUCGCGAUGACGAAACACGGCAGGUCCCGGCGCGCCGACGGCCUGCCGCAGAACUUCUGGUCGAACGACGACGAGGUCGUGCCGGACUACGACUACGGCGGAGGCACGGAGGCGGCAGCGUCGGAAAGCGACGUCGCCGCGGCGACCGCCGAUCGCAAUAGGGACGCGGACGACGCGGCGCGCGACGACUACGUCGUCUACGCGUCCGUACACCGGUCGUUCAAGUACGUCGACGACGAGUCGGUGACGCUGGCGACGCACGGCGGCGUGCGGCAGCUGUGGCGUCUGCUGGCGCUCGUCGACGCCUGGGACGGUCCGAUCACGGUCGCUGUGUACGCACCCGCCAGCGAUUUCUACUCCGCCUACUCGGCCGUGCUCGGACUGCGCGACUGCUCGCGUAAACUGCGCUACAAGGUCACCUUCUACAUGUUCUAUCACCGCGAUCAUCCGCCGCAGGGUCCGAGCAGUCGCGACAUGAGCGACCACUGCUCGCCGGAUUUCCGGCCCCGGAUGACGUAUCUCGAGCGAAGCCGGAUCGAGUAUCCCGCCGCGAAAGCCGCGAACAUCGCCAAACGAAACGCCGAUAGUCGAUACGUGAUCGGUGUCGAUAUCGAUCUGUUGCCGAACAGACGGGAUCUGAUGGAGACCUUUGUAGAUAUGUUGGGCAAACGCUCUGAAGAGGGCGGCGCGUCGGCAAGGAAGGUCAUCUACGUGCUACCGGUGUUCGUCGUUGAGCUUGGACAGCGACUGCCGCAGACGAAGAGAGAACUGAACGAACUACUGGCUAAGCGAUCAGCACGGGUGUCGCGUGUCAACCGGUGCUCGAAAUGCAGACGACUGCCCGACCACACGGCAUGGUUUCAGCUACGCGACUCCGAUGGUCUCAACGCGACGGCAGUCCCGGACUGGGUGACGAUGGCGGCAUCCGCGUACAUCGGUCACCGUGAUGGUCCGCUGACCAGCCUCAAAUGGGAUGAGCUCAAGGAAAACAUACACCAGGUAUACGAGCUGUGUCGCGCCGGCUACGCAUUUCACAUGAUAGACAACGCCUGGCUCAUGCACACACCUAGAAACGCGACACCGGCCAGAGAAUCGGAGUCAGAUGGCCGGUUAGACUGGCACCCCACCAACGUUACCCUCAAUGAUAUUGAUGAAAGAUACAACAAUGUCACGAAGCCAUACUGUAGAAGCUGUCUACGUAGCGUGUAUACAAUACACGAUGAGUGAGUGAGAGACCCUUCACUUCACAACAACGCAAAGAAACCCGGGCAAGGAUACAACGUCAAGCUGUUCUAGAUAGAAGAACGAGAGAAUCUAUUUCAGCAUACCUGUUUAUUGUAAUUUCAUUUGUAUGCAUUUCAUUACAAUGGCACAGCGCCACACGAUUAGCAAUGUCACCAAGGCAGAAACAACCUCCCAUUGAUCGUGUGAAUGCAUCUGGCAAUUACUCACAAGCGCAUAUCAAAAACUGUACUAGUAUAUAUCACAUGGUUUGUAUACUGAGAUACACGUAUGCGAUUUAGAUAAAGUCAUUUCAACUGCUAAACUACUGUACAAAUAGUUGUGUACGAGUACUAGCUCUUUUUUGCAUACUAGAGUAAGCCAGCACUAACAUAAAAACGUAUACUCUGCAAGAUACUACCGGCGAAUGUGGUAAAUAAUUAUCUGAAUGCUAUUAGACAUACACAAAUUGGUAUACAAUAAUGUAAUUUAAUAAUUAAAAUAUCAGUAAUAAUCGGUCAGUUUUAAUCACUGCUAUAGCCUGAUUACGCAGAUUUUUACAGCGUUCUGUGAUCACACCUUGCAUUUCGGAAAUACGUUAUUAAAGUUGUAAUCAAGUAGCAUAAAUAAUGUAAUUGUAAUAUGGCAUAGGGGUGUAAUUGAGAGGCACGUUCACAGAGAAUCUUUAGUACAAGCCUCUAUACUACAUUCUAUUUCUGAGCAAAGAGUUUUACGGCCAUGAACUUUACCACUUCUACUGUUCUAUACGAGUAUUUCUAUCGAGUGUAUGAU